AUGGGCGUUUGCGGAACUACACGGCUGAGGUGGGGGCCCGUGGUGCGGGUGCUGGUGCUGCAGGCGGCCUGGGCGCUGGGCGGCGGGCAGGUGCGCUACUCGGUGCCGGAGGAAGCCAAGGGCGGCACGGUGGUGGGGCGGCUGGCGCAGGACCUGGGCCUGGAGGCGGGCGAGGCGGAGGCGCGGCGGCUGCGGCUGGUGUCGCAGGGCCGGCGGGCGAGCGUGGAGGUGAGCGGGGCGAGCGGGGCGCUGGUGGUGAGCUCGCGGCUGGACCGGGAGGAGCUGUGCGGGAAGAGCGCGCCCUGCGCCCUGCGCCUGGAGGUGCUGCUGGAGCGGCCGCUGCGCGUCUUCCACGUGGAGGUGGAGGUCACCGACAUCAACGACAAUGCCCCGCUCUUCCCCGCCGCCACCAAAAACCUCAGCAUCCCGGAAUUAAAUACGAUGCCGGGGUCCCGCUUUCCGCUGGAGGGCGCGUCGGAUGCGGAUAUCGGAGCCAACGCGCAGCUCUCCUAUACCCUCAGCCCCAGCGAGCACUUCGCUCUGGACGUGAAAUCUUCGGAUGAAAAUAUGAAGUCGCUGUUCCUGGUGCUGACGAAAGGUCUGGACCGCGAGUCUCUGGCCGAGCAUCGUCUGGUGCUGACGGCGAGUGAUGGGGGCAGACCGUCGCUAACGGGCACGGUGGAGCUGGUGGUGUCGGUGCUGGAUGCGAACGACAACGCGCCCCAGUUCAACCAGUCGGUGUAUAAAGUGCGUCUGCCAGAGAACUCGGCGGAGGGGACGUUGGUGGCGCACGUGGGUGCCACAGACCCGGACGAGGGAAUUAAUCACGAAUUUUCCUUCAACAUCGUCAGUUCAGUUCCUUCUGCCAAGAGAGAUGUCUUCAGCAUAGAUCCGCAGACCGGGGAAAUCCGUCUGCGGGGCACUCUGGACUUUGAAGAAGUGCGCGUCUACGAAUUACAAAUCGAAGCGAGAGACAAGGGCGUUCCGCCGUUGUCAGGGCACUGCAGCGUGAUGCUGGAGGUGUUGGACGUGAACGACAACGCGCCCGAGGUGUGGGUGACGUCGCUGUCGGUGCCGGUGGCCGAGGACGCGUCGUUGGGGACGGUGGUGGCGCUGCUGAGCGUGUCGGACCGGGACUCGGGGUCGAACGGGCGGGUGCGGUGCGCGGUGUGGCCGCCGUCGCCGUUCGGGCUGGUGGCGACGUUCGCGGGCUCGUACUCGCUGGUGCUGCGGGAGGCGCUGGACCGGGAGCGGGUGUCGGAGUACGAGGUGGAGGUGCGGGCGGAGGACGGCGGGGCGCCGCCGCUGCGCGCCAGCCGCGGGCUGCGGGUGCCGGUGUCGGACGUGAACGACAACGCGCCGGCGUUCGCGCAGGCCGUGUACACGGUGCUGGCGCGGGAGAACAACGCGGCGGGCGCGGAGCUGGCGCGGCUGUGGGCGCGGGACCCGGACGAGGCGGGCAACGGGCGCGUGAGCUACUCGGUGGCGGAGGGCGGCGCGGGGUCGGGGUCGGGGUCGGGGUGGCGUCCGGCGUCGAGCUACGUGUCGGUGGACGCGGAGAGCGGGCGGCUGUGGGCCCUGCAGCCCCUGGACUACGAGGAGCUGCAGGUGCUGCAGUUCGAGGUGCGGGCGGUGGACGCGGGCGAGCCGCCGCUGUGCGGCAACGCCACGGUGCAGCUCUUCGUGGUGGACGAGAACGACAACGCGCCGGCGCUGCUCCCGCCCGCCGGCGGCGGGCCGGGGCCCUGGGCUGCGGGCGAGGCGUCGGCGUCGGCGUCGGCGCCGGGGUCGCUGUGGGCGUGGGCGGCGUGGGGGGCGCCGGCGGGGCAGGUGGUGGCGAAGAUCCGCGCGGUGGACGCGGACUCGGGCUACAACGCGUGGCUGCGCUACGAGCUGUGGGAGCCGCGGGGCAAGGGCCCGUUCCGCGUGGGGCUGUACAGCGGCGAGGUGAGCACGGCGCGGGCGCUGGAGGAGGCGGACGGCCCGCGGCAGCGGCUGCUGAUCGUGGUGCGGGACCACGGGGAGCCGUCGCGCUCGGCCACGGCCACGCUGAGCGUGUCGCUGGUGGAGGGCGCCGAGGCGGCGCUGGCGGCGGCGGGGGCGGUGUCGGCGGGGGCGGGGCUGCGGCCGGCGGCGGGCGCGGAGGGCGGCGCGGCGGCGGCGGCGGCGGCGGCGGCGGCGACGAACGUGUGGCUGGUGGUGGCCAUCUGCGCGGUGUCGAGCCUGUUCCUGCUGGCGGUGGUGCUGUACGGGGCGUCGCGCUGGGCGCCGCGGGCGGCCGUGCUGUCGGGGCCCGGUCCGGCGACGCUGGUGUGCGCCAGCGAGGUGGGCAGCUGGUCGUACUCGCAGCGCCAGAGCCGGAGCCUGUGCGUGGCGGACGGCGCGGGCAAGAGCGACCUGAUGGUUUUCAGCCCCAACUGCCCGCCGCCGCCCGGUCCCGCGCCGAAGGAGACGCCGCAGGAACCGCCCGCUCUCCUGGACACGGUCAGUGCCACUCGCCCUCCUCUCGCCCCUUAA